AUGUUCAACCGAAAAAGCAAAAAAGAAAAGAAAGAUAAGAGUCAAAUUGAAGAACAAAUACAAAAAACUAUUAUCCUUGAAGAAGAAUUAAAUCAAACAAAAAAAGAAUUAGAUGAAAGUAAUAAAGCUGUUGCGUUGUUGUCUUCAAGAGUUGUUAGAUUAGAAAAUGAGUAUAAACAAUUACAUACGAUCAUUGACCAAAUUAAAAGUACUGGAAUUUUAGAAAAAAAAAUUGAAUUAGAACCAGCUGAUGUUGUUCUAAGUAAAAAUUUCUAUGAUGAAUAUAUUAAUCAAUUAUCUGAAUGGUGUGGAAUGAAAAAUCAUGAAACACUUUAUGAUAGUGAUGAAGAUGGACUUACUGCUCGUGCAUUUAAUUAUAAGACAUGUGGUCAAAUUCAUACAAUGACUAUUGUUCAAACAACUGAUGGAUGUAUUUUUGGUAGUUACAAUUCUAUUGAAAUUCCCGACUCAAAAGAAAAAGGGUAUGGGUUUUAUAUGACUAAAGACGAUGGAUUCUUUUGUUUUAUUCUCAAGAGUCCAUUAAUUAAAAAACCAAUUAAAGUUGUUAGAAAAGAUCCAUUUUAUUCAACUAAAGUAUAUUCUUGUGAUAAUGAUAAAUGGAUUACUGGUAUUCAUUGUGGUUAUUAUCUUGGUAUUGAAGAUUCUUCUUUUGUUUCAGGAAAAUUCUCAAUGUACUACAAUAUUGAGAUGGAGAAUGCAGUUAAUAUUUUCUCUGGAAAUCAUUUUCCAGACACUUUCUCAGUAUUUAAAGUUGUUGUAUUAAAAUGGAGUCCAGAAUAAUCAUGAAUUACUUCAUUUCAAGACCAUAAAAUUGAUUAUCAUCUUUUUCUAA